UAAAAAUCUUUCACUUUAAAUCUUUUUAAAAAAAAAAUUCCAUGUCUUCUAUUCGAAAAGAAAUUAUUUAUGCAGCAAUUAGUAAAUCACAUGCAUUGAUAAAUUAUAGUGUCCACAAUGAUAUACACAAACGGCAUGAAUUUAAGAAACAAACAGUUCUUGCUGAUAAUUCUCUUACAGAAGAUGAAAAAACUUAUGCAAUAAGACGGUUAACUAAAGAUUAUGAUCGAGAUAAAAUUCUUUUUAAUUCAGGAACAAAAAGAACUUGUGAAAAUUGUAAUCAAAAAUGUUUAGCUUCAUUAUAUUGUGAAUUUUGUGUUAGAAAUUAUUUAAAAGCAAAAUUCUCAAAUUGGACAUCUGGAAAUGAUGAUAUUGAUAAUUUAAUCCAAAAAUGUCAAAUGGAAUUAGCUAGACCAGAUGUGAUAGUUGAAUGGAUUCCAUAUAAUAAUUUACAAAAUAUAAAGCAUUUAACAAAAGGUGGUUUCUCUGAAAUUUAUAAAGCAGUUUUGAUUAAUGGAAAAUAUGAAGAAUGGGAUUCUAAAAAACAACAAUUAGAAAGAUUUGGUGAUCAAUACGUUGUCCUUAAAGAAUUAAAAAAUGUUGAAAAUGCAAAUCAAAAAUGGUUUGAAGAGGUUAAAUCACAUUUAACUAUAAGUAAUAAAUGGCCAGAUAUUGUUCAAUGUUAUGGUUUAACACAAAACAUAUCAAAUGGAAAUUAUAUGCUUGUAAUAGGUAUAAUGGAUUUAAGUUUAAGAGAAUAUUUACAACAGAAUCGUAAUCAACUUACAUGGAAACAAAAAAUCAAUAUAACUUUUGAAAUAGCCAGGGCACUUUAUUUUAUUCAUAAAGAGAAUGCAAUUCAUAGGGAUUUGCAUUCGGGAAAUAUAUUGUAUUCACAACUUAAUAGCCAUUGGUUUAUUAGUGAUCUUGGAUUUUGUGGACCAGCUGAUAAAUCAUCAACGAAUAUAUAUGGAAAUCUUCCUUACAUAGCACCAGAAGUUAUUAUUGGAAGAGAAUAUACUAUUAAAUCUGAUAUUUAUAGUAUUGCAAUGCUUAUGUGGGAAAUUUCAUCUGAACAACCACCAUUUAUAAAUUAUGAACAUGAUUACGGUAUGGCGAUGAAUAUUAUUAAUGGUAUAAGGCCAAGAAUAGUACCAGGAAUUCCUGUAGAAUAUAAAGAAUUAAUGGAACAAUGUUGGGAUGCUGAUCCAUCAAAAAGGCCUAAUACUUAUACACUUUGGUAUAGGAUACAAGAAAUGAAUUUACGUUAUCAAAGUACACCAGAUGAAUCAUUUCAACCGGAAAUUAAUAAUGAGCUACAGUUAACAAAUAAUAUACAUAGUAGAUUAUUUACAAGUAAGAUUCAUCACUUUAAAAAUUUACCAGAACCAAGAAAUGCAACAAAAGAAGAAUUAGAAGGUAAUAUAAACUUAUCAACUUUUAUAUGAAUCUUUUGAUGCGGUCCGAUUAAAUUAAAAUAUUUUAUUUUAAAUAGCAUUCUAUAGUGGUAACAACCCAAAUCUUCACUCUAAAGAACAAAAUUAUCUGGAAAUUCCUGAUGGUAAAAAUUUGUUAUUUUUAAAAUACGAAAAUAUAUUUCUUC